GACAGAGAGUUUUCAAUUAUCAGUCAUUUACUGUCAUGGUAACAGGGAUGGCAUUUUGAGAUCGCCCUCUACUGACAAAGUUCAAAUAUAAGCUAAAGUAAAUAAAAAAAGUGAAAAGACACUUACUUGUCCUUGGCAAGACACACAAAAUAAAUAAGUAAAUGAAUUUAUUCAAUGAAUUUAUUCAAGUUAAUGCAUUUGAGUUGAUGUAUUAUGAAAAAUGUCUAGCACAGUAAAAGUCAGCUUCACACAUGUUCACAAAAUGCACUAAUAAUAAUGCCUGCUUUCCCCUCCUUCAGCUCACUAUCAAAUACAGUAAUGCAGUGGCCCCUAUGGGUUACCUUCUGCGCAACAAUUUUGCAUAUUUUUCUGUGAACUCAGUUUACAAUUAAUCAGCGUAUGCAAUAAAAUCUUCAAGUGUCGCAAAGAUCCACUGUUAAUGACCAAACUCGAUUUAAUGACUUCUUUUUAUUUACGAAUAAAAGAGUAGCAAAAAUGUCCAAAGGUCUAGAGAGACUGUCCUGUUGCACGUUUCACAAAAUCAUGCUUUAUGAUUAGAGAAGCAAGGAGAAGACUGGAGCACGGGCAGUGCAGAAUCGCGCGCUGUCCGCGGUGCUGAACUCUGGAUCCGGCGCUGUCCGCGGAGCUGAACUCACUGAGGCGACCUAUUGAAGAUGAAACGCUCCUCUGUUCUCAUUCCUCUCCGCACUCAACUUCGCAGCGCUGUCUCAGACGAUGCUUUUCUGUCUGCUCUGGCGGCGCGAGCAUCAUGUAGAUAAACUUACUUUCGCACUGGGGAAACGUAAUGCUAUCGCAUCUAUUCUCGUUUAUUAACUUGACAUCAAAUUGUUUUCUCGGCGGAGGUGUCGAAGACCAAAUGGCGUUAUACUGUUCCACCUGCAGUAUUUGGGAGUUGAUUUAAAUGCCGCGGAUGACUAGAUGAUCACGAGAAGGAAGUACAUUUGUACAGAUGUUGUGGAUCUUUUUUUCUUCCUUUUCCAUAUUGUGAGAGGACACUUAAUGAUCGGGGAAGGAUAAUUACGUUUCUGGAUAUGUCAUUUCUGAAAUGGGCAUGAUCAGCUUUCAUUUGUAAAUAGUAAAGACACUCGGAUUAUCAGUUCUCUUGGAGUAAGCACAUUUUUUUUUUUUUUUUUUUUUGCACCAACUCGAAUUGGAAUGAUGUUUUUUGGUUUUAUCAUCCCGAAGGUGCACUUGCUCGUUUGAUUACAAAGUGGAACCAGACAUUUCAACGCGUGUCAUAUUUGCAGCAUGGAGACUUACAACUUAAGGAACCUGAGACACUCUCCUUGAAUGCGUCAAGACUGCCGCGGCAAAGGAUGGGCCCUUUUCUCCCGGCGAUUUGCGUCGUGCUGCUCGCCGUGAACGCCGCUGUCUCGCCGGCUUCUGUCGGCCCUGAGGACUAUCCCGCCGCGGACGAGGCCGAGAGAACUGCCAACAAUGACAUCAUUUUCGAUGACUACCGAGGGAAAGGCUGCGUGGAUGACAGUGGCUUCGUGUACAAGCUCGGGGAACGUUUCUUCCCGGGCCACUCGAACUGCCCGUGCGUGUGCACGGAGGACGGACCUGUCUGUGACCAACCCGAGUGCCCUAAAAUACACCCCAAGUGCACCAAGGUGGAACACAACGGGUGUUGCCCCGAAUGCAAGGCGGUCAAAAACUUCUGUGAAUACAAAGGGAAGACUUAUAAAAUCCUGGAGGAGUUCAAGCCUUCGCCCUGUGAAUGGUGCCGCUGCGAGCCAAAUAACGAGGUGCAUUGUGUGGUCGCUGACUGUGCAGUACCAGAGUGCGUCAACCCAGUGUACGAGCCAGAACAGUGCUGCCCCAUCUGUAAAAACGGUCCAAAUUGCUUCGCUGGAACCACAAUCAUCCCAGCUGGCAUUGAAGUGAAGGUGGACGACUGCACCAUCUGUCGGUGCCACAGCGGGGACUGGUGGAAGCCUGCGCAGUGCUUGCGGCGGGAGUGCCUCAACGGUCAGACGUCGUCAUAGAAACCCUCCGGAGCUGAAGGGAGGGACACCGAUGUGCGGCACGGCUGUCGGCACAGGGGACGGCCCACCUUGUGACAGCGAGAGACUGACUGGCAGGAGCACAAUUCCUCUGGCAAACUGAGAUGGCUGGACAAGUUGAGAUUCAUGGACAUGGACUCACAUACAUACUGUACACUCAAACACACACAUGCAUAAAAGUCCUUGGCAGAAUCAUAACAGUUUAUCUUUCAUCCUGUGAUGAGUUUAUACUAGGGUGAACCUCAUGAAAUAUUUCACUCCAAAAUCAAAAGAAAAAAAAAGAAAUGGUACUUUGCAUAAUGAAAAUAGUCUAUUUUAGGAGUUUUUGGGAUUUUGACACUUUUUCUUCCAUAAAAAUACCCCCCGCCCCCUCAUUCCAAUUGUUAUUUUACAUUUUCCCACAAAGUUACUUUAAUGCAUCCAAAUGUCUCUUUCUUUUUUUCUUUUAUAAAUGCCAUUAUUUAACAGGAUUUUCAUUAAAUGAAAAUUUACAAAUUUUGAUUUUUUUUUCAUAAAAAUUAUCCCAUUGCAAUUCUCAUUUUAUGAGAAUUUUAUUUAUUUUUUUCCCCAUUACAUUAAUAAGAAUUACAGUACAACACAAUAAUGAGAAUGACGAUUUUUUGCGAUUUUUUUGGCAAAAUACAAUUUCUUAUUUUGUUUCGUUGAUUUUGGCGUGUAAUAUGAUCUGGACACAUUCUUGACAGGUUUCAUGAGAUUCUCCCACUAGUUUUAUUAGUUGCUUAUGCUGCUUAAACACAGUGUUUGUAUAUUUCACGAGACCUUGAGCGCUCAAUGAGAACAUUUAAACCUAAAAUAGCACCACAGUCCUUUGAAGAUAAAGUUGAUUAUUUUCAUCUGAGCUUACAGUGAGAUACUGAAGCACAGCACACAUUACAGCAUUACAUACACAAAACCACACCUCCACUAGUCCUGUACAAGCCUCUGUGUUCCCACAUUUGUUGAGUGUGAGUGAUAUUUAGUAGUAGUAUUACUAGAGGGUAUGAACUUGUUCAUUAAGAAACAUGAUUAAUGACAAGUUUGAUUUUAAUUGUCUAAUUAGUGGAACAAGAGGGAAUAAGGUAGAUCUACACCACAUAAUUGGAAAAUGGCCCAAGAGAAACACAGCUGAGAAGCGAAGAUGAUUCAGUGAUUGUUCAGGGAAAUUAUUGUAUUGCUUCAUUCAUAUGAGAAAACUCUUAUGAGAAUGGAUCCAGCAGUAUAAGUGGGAAGCACUUUCCAUUAAUAGGGUACACUUGUGCGUCCUAUGACGUUAAACAUUAGAGGCAUAAAUAUUUUAUAUAAUAAUAAUAAUAAUAAUAAUAAUAAUAGUUUAUAUUACUGUAUUAUUAUAUAGUAAUAUUUUUUUAAAUAAAUUAA